UGCGGGCUUUUAUUUUCAUGGAUUCCACACUGCCGUCCAAAUGUGACGUCAUCGCCUGUGCUCUCUGCGGAAUAUAGCGAGUGACCAUUUUAAUGUGUGCCUAGAUGACGAACAACACAACACUUCACAAUAUAUGGAUUUGGCUCGCUUGUUUGAACCUAAAAGUAAACCGGUAACUUAAAUAAAUGUUUUUGAGCAAAAGUACAAGCUUCAGCAGAUAUGUCGGCUUUUAUUGCCCACCCUUCGGUGCGAAUCAGGGGCACAGAGCACAAUUACAACCCGGUAUUGUGUCAGGACGACAACUGCUCCGGCGUGGACAAGGGCACGCAUAUGCAUUGCCCUCUCUGCACUGUGGUGGAGGCCUAUCCGGACCCCGUUAUCCUACGGGCUCACUACUGCAUCAAACAUGUCGACAAGGGCAUUGACUUUGCUGGCCUAAAAGUGCUUAGGUGCUGCAACCAUUGUGAGAUUGUGGGCACAAUCAAAGGGGAGAAAAGGUUCAAGGGGGCUCACUGGCACUGCUACCGUUGCCGGAAUGGUUUCAACCGCAGAGACGAGGCCAUUAAACACUAUAAGACCCACUUCCGGAACCCCCACACCACCUUCCAGAUACAGGUCACACAGGAGGUAAACAGCCGACAGUAUUAUGACCACAGUCCUGAGGCCCACCCAAAAGCCUACGGAGGGAUGGAAGUCUGCUCUGUUUCUGGGGCGGACGGGGGAGCAGUGGGGACCAUCAUGGCCAACCCAGGCCUCAGCACAGAAACCCUUGUCACUGUGGAACCCAAGGUUUCAUAUAUGUCUCAUGAUUUGUGCAGUGUGAACAAUGGGAUCCUAGUGGCAGCCGAAGAGGAGGUGGGGCCUACUCAGUAUAAUCUGGACCGAAGCCAGGCGCUGGUUCUCAUGGACCCAGAUGGACAGGGAGGCAACCUGAUAUAUGAAGAGGCUGACAGCAUUAUCUCUGAGCAGGUUACAACGGGCAGGGAGGGUUUGGAACAGGCUCUGCAGGUGGAAAAGCAGCUGCUGGAACUACACCAGCAGAACUUGGCUCUGCAACAAGAGAAGGAUGCCAUGGAGAAGAGGCUAAAGGCAGAGAUUCAAAGACUUAACGAAAAGGUGGCCAAGAUGGUGCAGGCCAAUAUCAGAUUGUUUGAUGAGCUAAUGCUGUACCGUUCUGCAGAGAACAGCCAGCAGAGAAUCGAUCAGCUGGUGAAGAGUCUGGAGGAACAACACCGCACUCUGAUCCACACCCAACUAGCCUCCCUGAGGACAGAGCUGCGGCAAGGAGAAAAAGCAGCGUCUGUCAAUGGGCACACAGAGCACACAGUCAGCCUAGUUGGUGAGGAGGCAGCUGGCCUUGGGGAGAUUACCCUUCUUGAGGAAGAACCGACUCAAAAAAGGAUAGAGAGUGAGGGAGAAGCAUUGACUGUGGUGGUUCAGAUAGGCCCUGACCCAGAUGACUUGGUACCAGUAUCAGGUGAUGUGUGUUUGGUGACUGGGCAGGAGGAGGAAUCUGCGGUUCUUGAGCUUGACAUUGUUGACUCUGGUAAAGAGUCUUUGAAGAAUGCUACAAAAUACCUUGAAGACAAAGAGAGUGUGGAACAAUUAUUGUCAAAAAAACGCAGCUCUGAAAAAGAACCCUGGGGGGAAGGCAAAGCUAAACUACAACGUAUUUGUUGAGGCUGUGCUUUUUGUUACCCACAAGAGUUUCUCUCUGGACUUUCUGUGAUUGUGCAUGAAUUCUUUAGAUGAGGGUACCUUUCCCAUAAUGUUCUAUUAGGCUGCUGCAGACUGAGCCGGGCAUAGUACAGAAGUGUAAUGUGGCUGCAAAAGCCAAAGCAUCCUACAGUGUAAGCUGUAUUUGUAUGUCACGCUACUAAGCUACACCUAUUGACAUAGUAUUUAGUAGCCUUCUGUGUACUUCAGCUCUGUUUUAGAAGCUUUGUGAAGGAUGAAGGUGUGCAGUGAAUUAAACUGUCAUAUUACAUGAAAAUGCUUUUAUUCAGACUCCAUUGUGUUCAAAUGUUUUCAUAAAGCUUGUUUGUCUUGACGAGAGCCACGUGCCACACUAUGGGACUGUAGUCUGUUAUACAAUGUGUUGCUCAUGAACUUACAUAAAAUGUACAGUGGUACAUGUUUCAAUAAGAAAAUUACUUAACAAAGCUACUAUGUAGUUUCUUGUUUUGCUUCUAUUCAGACAUUUUUUUUUUUAAGAUUUGGACUUGAAAA